GUGACCAGUUCAAACUAGUUUUGAGAAACGAAAGAGCGGCGUGAGAGAUAAGAGAAAGGCAGUCUGAAAGAGCUCGUGAUCCUAGGAGGAGCAGUUGCUACACCACAAGAGACUUUGAGGAAAAGUUAUAAGUGCCAUAAAGAAACAAGAACUAAACCAAAAUGCGUGGUCUUUUCUCCUUGGUUGUUGUCCUGUUGGUGGUUCUGAUGGCAGUGACCUCAGAAGCUGGGAAAAAUAAGAAAGAUAAGGGAAAGGGCAAGGGUGGUUCUGAUUGCGCGGAGUGGCUCUGGGGCCCCUGUGUGCCAAACAGUGGCGACUGCGGAGUUGGCUCUCGACAGGGCACCUGCAAAGAGGAGACCAAGAAACUGAAAUGCAAAGUUCCCUGCAACUGGAAGAAGGAUUUCGGGGCUGACUGCAAGUACAAGUUUGGAAACUGGGGGGAGUGUGACACGGUCACGGGUGUGAAGAACCGUUCUGGUACCCUCAAAAAGGCAAUGUACAAUGCCGAGUGCCUGCAGACCAUUAAAGCGUCCAAACCUUGCUCCCCCAAGACCAAGUCAAAGUCCAAAGGCAAAAAGGGGAAGGGAAAAGAGAACUAAAGAUGUCUCGGCGAUGUAGACGCAAUAAUUCCAUCUUCUCUCUGCUCCAGGCUCCAGCACAAUCUUCCUUCCACCUCCUUCUUUACCAGCAUUUCGCAACAACUGGCAUUGUGAAACUGCUAAUGAAGACCUGCCUCCUUUUUCAGAAAAAAAAAGUUUUUACAAGACGUAUUCCUUUUGUUAAUUGUACAGUACAUUUUCCGAAGUUUUUUUUUUUCAGAUUUUUUUUUUUUGUAGACUGUCUUGCAAAACACAAAUAGGGGAAUUGUAAGCGAUAGUUUAUUUUUUAUAAUGCUUCAUUGAAAGAGAAGAAUGGGGGGGGGAGAAACGGAUUGUUGGUUAAUAAGAAUUAAUAUGGAAAAUGCCGAUUUUUGUUUUAUAUAAAAUAUGAAUCGUGAUUUGGUUAGUGUAGUAUUACUAACAAUUCACCAGGGUUAGUCCCUGGUUUGACUUUUUUUUUUGAAUUUGCAAAAUUGUAAAUCCUGACACCACUUUUUUUUUAUAUAUGUACACACACACUUUAGGAGACUUUUUUUUUUUUUAAGCAGUGUUGGGUUAUUUACUUCCAGGCAUUAUUGGGAAGUUAUAAUUUAAAAGCUUGUGUGCAAUUUAGUGUUUUUUUUUUUUUAAGGAGAGAAGUUAGAUUUGUGUUUUUUUGUUUUUUGUUUUUUUUUGUUUGAAACUCUUUGCUGAAAACCUAUACAAGUGUAAUGUAGUGUAUACAACUCGCACAUUUUGCUGUCCACUGAAACAACUUAGACUAGAAUUUUUUUUCAAUAAAAAAAUCUUCUAAAUGUG